AUGGUGGACACCCAACCCAAGGCAGCGGCCCCGGGCCGACCAAAGACGAAAUCAACCAAACGAAGAGACCCAAUCUACGCCGUCUCACCACAAUGGAAGGACGUCACGCCGAUUCCAUUAGUGGAUGGACCGCCAGGCCAGAAGGACGCAGGGCCAGCACUUGCCACUAUCGCCUAUUCACCACGAUACAGCGAAGCCAUGUCUUAUCUGAGAGCAGUAAUGGCAGUGAACGAAUUCAGUCGCCGCACUCUCGAUCUGACUGAAGACAUUAUCUCCAUGAACCCGGCCCAUUACACGGUAUGGUUGUACCGGGCGGAGAUUUUACAGGCUCUUUGGCAAAGCGAAGGUAUCAAGACCGAGGACGGCGUGAUGACGGAAUUGGAGUGGUUGGAGGGGAUUAGUGAGCGGAAUUUGAAGAAUUAUCAGAUAUGGCACCACCGCCAACUCCUCGUCUCCCUCCUGCCGCAUCUUCCACCCACCGAGACCUCAUUCCUCACACACAUCCUAUCAUUCGACUCGAAAAACUACCACGUCUGGACGUACCGCCAAUGGCUAUGCCGACGGUUUCCAGACCCACUACUCACGACCGACAUAGAACUACAAGCCGUCGACGCACUGAUCCAGCAAGACGUUCGGAACAAUUCGGCCUGGAAUCAUCGAUAUUUCGUAUGUUUUGGCGCCGACGAACUGCGCGCCAUUGAGUCCCAAGGCGGCAACCGGAAGGAGAUCCUGGGUCGUGGAGGGAGUCUAGUGGUGGACGAAGACGUCGUCGAGCGCGAAAUCAAUUAUGCCAAAGACCAUAUUGCCUGGGCGCCGCAGAACCCUAGUCCCUGGAAUUAUCUGAAGGGUGUCCUAAAGAGAGCGGGCAUUUCGAUGCUGGACAUGCAGGUGUUUUGUGAGAGGUUUGUUGGUGGUAGGAAUGCAGAUCUCAUGGCUGAGAAUGGAACGGUCAGGAGUAGUCAUGCUAUUGACUGGUUGGCUGAGAUUUACCGUUUGGAUGGGAAUGUUGAGCGUAGUAAGGAGUGUUUAAGGGCUUUGGGGGAAAAGUGGGAUCCUGUUAGGAGGAAGUAUUGGGAGUACAGGGCGAAGCAGUUGGAUCGCGAUGAGGAAUAA